AUGUCGAUUGACGAAACUCCUCUGGGUAUCGCUCCUUUUGAGCGCCGUAACUCGCUAGAGAAACACCUCCAAUCCCGACCGGACCCGCAGGACCUCAAGGAUCGUCACAUUCUCCUGAGCACCAAUGUUGCCCCAUCUCUACAAGCCGCUCACCAAGAGCUAGCCCGCCAGCGUGCGCAAGACGAACUGAAAAAGAAUCUGGGGAAGAGGCCUGGACGGGAUGAGCUCGUGGAGCGCAACAUUCUCCCCUCCACCAACGCCGCCCCGGCUCUCCAGGCUCAGGCUCGCGAACUCGAGCGCCACAUGCUGGCCGAUAACCUGGAGCACAAGAUCCAGAAUCGCCCAGAUCCAGAAGAGCUAAUUUCUCAGGGUAUUCUUGAGGAAGACGAGAACCCGCGCUCUGUUUAG